UGUGAGUGCCCCUUUCCCAGCUGUGAGUGCCCCUUUCCCGGCUGUGAGUGCCCCUGUCCCGGCUGUGAGAGCCCCUGUCCCGGCUGUGAGAGCCCCUGCCCCGUCUUUGGUGCAAAAUGAGUGUUCCUGACUACAUGCAGUGUGCUGAGGAUCAUCAGACCCUCCUGGUCGUGGUUCAGCCCAUUGGCAUUGUCCCUGAGGAGAGCUUUUUCAGGAUCUACAAGCGGAUUUCAGCUGUGAGCCAAGUCAACGUGCGCGACUCGCAGCGCGUGCUGUACAUCCGCUACAGGCACCACUAUCCCCCGGAGAACAACGAGUGGGGGGAUUUCCAGACACACCGCAAAGUCGUGGGGCUGAUCACUAUUACAGACUGCUCUUCUGCCAAGGAAUGGCCUCAGACUUUUGAAAAAUUCCAUCUUCACAAGGAAAUGUAUGGUUCUACCCUCUAUGAUUCCCGGCUCUUUGUCUUUGGGCUUCAAGGAGAGAUUGCGGAGCAGCCCCGCACGGAUGUGGCGUUUUAUCCCAGUUAUGAUGAAUGUGAGACUGUGGAGAAGAGAAUUGAAGAUUUUAUUGAGUCCCUCUUCAUAGUGUUGGAGUCGAAGCGGCUUGACAGAGCCACUGAUAAGUCUGGAGACAAGAUCCCGCUCCUCUGUGUUCCUUUUGAGAAGAAGGAUUUUGUAGGUCUGGACACUGAUAGUAGGCACUAUAAGAAGCGCUGCCAAGGCCGGAUGCGGAAACAUGUGGGUGACCUGUGUUUACAGGCUGGGAUGUUACAGGAUUCCCUGGUCCAUUAUCACAUGGCAGUGGAACUGCUGCGCUCCGUGAACGACUUCCUGUGGCUUGGAGCUGCUCUCGAGGGUUUGUGCUCAGCAUCCGUCAUCUAUCACUACCCAGGUGGUACCGGGGGCAAAGUUGGAUCUCGCAGGGCACAAGGAGGUUCCCUCUCUGCUGAGGCAGGAAACAGGCACAGGCCAGGGGCACAAGAAGUUCUCAUUGAUCCAGGUGCUCUGACUUCCAACGGUAUAAAUGCAGAUACCAGUGCAGAGAUAGGACGUGCCAAGAACUGCCUGAGUCCUGAGGACAUCAUAGAUAAAUACAAAGAAGCCAUUUCUUACUAUGGCAAGUACAAGAACGCUGGUGUGAUUGAACUGGAAGCUUGUGUGAAGGCAGUGAGAGUCCUUGCAAUACAGAAGAGGAGCAUGGAAGCCUCUGAGUUUCUGCAAAAUGCAGUUUAUAUCAACCUUCGUCAGCUCUCAGAGGAGGAGAAGAUCCAGCGUUACAGCAUCCUCUCGGAGCUGUACGAGCGGAUCGGUUUUCACCGGAAAUCGGCUUUUUUCAAGCGCAUCGCGGCCAUGCAGUGUGCAGCCCCCAGCAUCCCCGAGCCCGGCUGGAGGGCCUGCUACAAACUCCUGCUGGAGACCCUCCCUGGGUACAGCUUGUCACUGGAUCCUCAGGAUUUCAGCAAAGGCACUCACCGAGGGUGGGCUGCAGUGCAGAUGCGUUUGCUCCAUGAGCUGGUCUACGCUUCCAGAAGGAUGGGCAAUCCUGCCCUGUGUGUCAGGCAUCUGUCCUUCCUCCUCCAGACCAUGCUGGAUUUCCUUUCUGACCAAGAAAAGAAAGAUGUAACACAGAGCUUGGAAAGCUAUACAGCAAAAUGCCCUGGAACAAUGGAAGUCAUCACUCUUCCAGAUGGUCUGAAGUUACCUCCUGUUCCCUUCACCAAAUUGCCCAUUGUGAGAUCUGUGAAGCUCCUGAACCUCCCAACCAGUCUCCGACCUCACAAAAUGAAGAGUUUACUUGGUCAGAAUGUGUCAACCAAAAGCCCCUUCAUAUAUUCUCCAAUUAUUGCACACAGUCGUGGGGAAGAACGAAAUAAGAAAAUAGACUUCCAGUGGGUCCAGGGAGAUGUUUGUGAAGUCCAGUUGAUGGUUUACAACCCAAUGCCUUUUGAGCUCCGAGUAGAAAACAUGGGUCUCUUGACAACUGGAGUGGAAUUUGAAUCUCUUCCUGCAGCUCUUUCCCUGCCUGCAGAAUCUGGUCUCUAUCCUGUGACUCUUGUUGGUGUUCCCCAAACCACUGGGCAGAUCACUGUCAAUGGUUACCAUACUUCAGUUUUUGGAGUCUUCAGCGAUUGCCUUCUGGACAAUCUGCCAGGAGUGAAGACCAAUGGCUGCACUGUUGAAGUCAUUCCAGCUUUGCCAAGGCUGCAGAUCAGCACCUCCCUUCCAAGGUCUGCUCAUACUCUUCAGCCUUCUUCAGGGGAUGAAAUCUCCACUAACGUGUCUGUCCAGCUUUACAAUGGAGAGACCCAGCAGCUCAUCAUUAAAUUAGAAAAUAUUGGGACAGAACCACUGGAGAAACUGGAGGUCACAGCAAAAACAGUCAACACCAAGGAGAAGCUGUAUGGGGAGUUCCUGAGUUGGAAUCUAGAAGAUACCCUCUCCCAGUUUCCUCUAAAACCUGGAAAGAUUGCAACAUUCACUGUAAACAUUAAAGUGAAGCUGGACUUUUCAUGCCAAGAAAACCUUCUGCAAGAUCUCAGUGAUGAUGGAAUCAGUGUUACUGGACUUCCUCUCUCCAGCCCUUUCCGGCAGGUUGUCAAACCAAGAGUGGAGACUAAAGCUCUGAAUCCACAGGAAAGCAGCAAAGUUGGUGACUUCAGUCACGUGAAGACACUGGAAGCCAUUUUGAACUUUAAGUACUCAGGUGGACCAGGACAUGUGGAAGGGUAUUACAGGAACCUCUCACUGGGCCUUCACGUAGAAGUAGAGCCAUCAGUGUUCUUCACCCGUGUCAGCACCCUGCCAGCAACAAGCACCAGGCAGUGCCACCUACUCCUUGAUGUCUUCAAUUCCACAGAGCAUGAGUUGACCAUCAGUGCUAAGAAUAAUGAAGAUUUAAUCCUGCACACUGGGGAGUGUCAGCGUAUGGCUAUCCAAGUUGACAAGUUCAGUUUUGAAAGCUUCCCAGAAUCCCCUACUGAUGGGACACAGUUGGCGAAUGCGAAGCAGCUGGAAGAAGAAAGGCAACAAGCAAAAGGUCUGGAGAUUAACAGCAAGUUGGAUAUUUGCUGGAAAAUUCCUUCCUUGAAGCGUGAAGGGGAAGCAAGUGUGGAAGGAGUUCUUAAUCAGUUGGUCCUGGAGCAUCUACAGUUGGCUCCUCUCCAGUGGGAUAUCCUCGUUGAUGGCCAGCUCUGUGACUGUGAUGUCGUGGUGAACUGCCAGGUGGGCGACCCCGUCCCGCUGCAGGUGAAGUUGACCAACUGGAGCAAACACAGCGUGGGGCCCUUCGCCCUCACUGUGAUGCCCUACCAGGAUUACCAGAACGGGGUGCACAACUAUGACCUGCAAGAUGCCAUCACCUUUGUGGGGUCUAACACCUUCUACAUCGACUCAGUAAAGCCGACCAAAGACUCUGUGUACUUUGGAGCACUUCUCUUUCUCUACACAGGUGAUUUCUACCUGAAUAUCAAAUUCCAUGAAGACAACUGCAGCAGGGAGCUGCCUCUCUCCUGGCUCUGUCUUCCCAGUGUCCACAUCCGUGCUACGGAGCCUGUGGUCCCAACGAAGCUGUAAAUGUACUGUGUGCUACUUGAUUAACCACAGCGCACAGCAAUGCUUGGCACAGCCUCUGCUUGACCCCAGCUUGUUUCUGUCCAACCCCAGGCCACAGACUCCACUUUGGAGGAACAGCUGAACACUUUCUGAAUUGGCUGAUAGUCAUUUGGGCAGCUGCCUUUGCUAAUUUCAGAGAGAGGGAGAGAGAGAUUAUAACUGUGCUGGAGUUUUCUUCUGUUUCCAAAAAGCCUUUGAAAUUGCUAAUAUAUGCAUUAUACUUUAAUAUACUCCAUUGAUGUCAGUGGUUCGAAAGGGUCUUGAGGACUGAAUUUAACCAUGUGUUUGAAGGUCUCAAUUCCAACUUGAAUAAUAAUAAUAAUUUAGAAUUUUUCAGUAAGAUUUGUGUAUUUGUAUGAAAUUCCUCCUGGCUUGUUCUGGACCCAUGGCAUGUACCCUUGAGGUGUCUUUUAGAUUUUGUCCACUGGCUUGUUCUUGUUCACUUGCUUGCUGAGUAUUUGGUGUCUUUGGUGAUAAAUAGCAGUUGUGGUGCUUUUUAGUGUGUUACUGAAAGUAGGAAUAGCAAAUGUGCCUCCAGUUCUCUCCCUCCCCUGAGCCCAGUGCCACUUGCUCCUGGUAAAGUCACUGCCUUUAGUUUGGCAGAUCUGUGAACUAGAAAGGAAAGAGGGUGAGGAACAGCUAAAGAGCUUUGUCCUUGAGAGAAGAUAUAAGCCAACUUUUGGGUUGCCUAGAGCUUGCCUGUGAAUUUGGGUUGUCACAGUUCUGUUUUAUAAAAUCACUUGAAACAUUUGCAGGCACCUAAAGAUCCACCGGAAUUAAUCAGAUAGUUGUUAGUAUAACUUUGCAUGAGUUAUUGCAAACUCUUCUGAACAGAUUUUUCAUGCUAAUAUACUGCUUUUUUAUGUGGCUGUUUUUUCUUUUUUUUUUUCUUUUUUUAAACUUUUUUUUUUAGUUUAAUUAUUAGCCGAUUAAGGCCAUGGAAUUCCUGACUGUAAAAGUAGUUGAUGAAUGUACUGAAGAUUUAGCCUGUUUUUCAGAGUAAUGUUUUUGUAUAGUGAGAUAUGUUUUUACCCCAUAUAAAGCGGGGAGAUGUCUUAGCUGUAUGAUUAAUAUAUUAUUUCAUGGACCAUAUGUUUAAAGCCUGUCUCAAUAUUUUCUUAAAGUUGUAGUUAAAUUUGGUGAUAGAACAUUUCCGGGGGUGGAUACACCAAGCGGGGGUGGUCCAGUUAACUCUGUAUGAUUUAAAUCUACAUGCACAACCUCUUUGCAGAUUUUUUUUGUUUCUUUAGACUUCAUCGAAAUGUGGGUCCCCCACUUCAUACCUGACCUGGUAGCUUGUUCUGGUUCUCUGCACCAUAUUUUUAGAUGUGACUGGUGUUUUCUGUAGGAAAGACGGUGCUCAAAACUCAAUUCAUUGCAUGUUUGCAAAUGACUGUAAUGUAUUCAUCCUAAAUAUAUUUCUAACUUGAGGGAACUCUAGCUAUAGCGUGGAAUUUCCAGUGUAUGCAGGGUAUUAUCUCUAAAAACGUGUAUUGUGGCAAUGUUAUCAGUGUUUUUGCUCGAGCUGUGGCUCUGUGCACAGCUUUGAAUGCCAGAGUGGAAGUUUUCAGCCUUGAACUGAUGGGAAUCCGAGGCCAGCUGAAGAUUCACUUGCAAUGAUUUACUGCUCUGUCAGCAGUGUCCAGUAACAAAAUUGUUCCUUAGAGUUGCACAGUGGCUCUGGGCCAGAACACCCAUGGAAAGAGAGUCCAACAGCUGAGUUGGGCAUUUAUUUUUGUGUUGGUGGAGCUUAGUUUACCAAACUGUGCUGUGAGGCUGAAUUCUCUGUCACUGGGUAGGCAUAUAAACAGAAAAAAUAAGCUCCAAGGAGAACAGGAACUAAACCAGUUGAUCUUCUCCAUAAAAGCUUGUUUUUGACAUGUGUGUCUGUACUAUGUUGCACAACACUGUUGCAGCAAUAUCCAAAUUGGGUUUUAUUCAGUAUUCCCAGCAGGUAAUGGGCAGAUUCUAGGAAUACAGCUAAGGCUUUAUAAGGGCCACAUUGCAUUCCAAACAAAAAUAUUGUGAAGCACAUGCUGUUGCAUUCGGGAUGCUUCAACUUACACACUUACGGGAUCAUUUCCUAAUUUAUUUUUAACAUUCUCUGAGAAGAGAGGGUCUUGUUCUGUGGAGCCUGUACUGGGAUGCAACAUUCCUGUGCCUUUUUACUAAUAAGGGAUCCUGAUCCACAGCCUGCUAAAGCUGUUGGAAUGGGAACAGCUUUUAUUAUAACAAAAGCAAGCUGUAUUAUUUCUUAGGUAUCCAAUAUGCCAUUAUAAAUCUGUCAUAUGUGCAUAUAAAUAUAAGUUCUUGUGUGUGAGCUGACCCUUAAAGGUCUAUCUGUUCAUUAUAUAGUAGACUACUCUGUCCCUUGUCAGCUUUGAUGCUUAGUUACUUUUGGCAUUUAUGAUAUCUUUCCCAAUUUUCUCACACUUUUACUUGUCUUGGUGAGAGAGAUGAAACACAAGAAGUUCUUCCUUCUGAAGAUCAUUUUUGACUUGUCCAGAAGGAAAAUAUUUAAGUGUUAGUGUAAUUUGGAGAAAGGUGAGGUGAAGGUGCUUAAAGUCACUGGGAUUGCUGUCAGGAUUGGUCACUGUACUGCUUGGAAGAAGGAUAAUAUUCCUCUGAUCUGUUCUCCUGUCCUAGUACUGAAAACUUGCUUUUAUUCCUCUGAAACACCCAGCAAUUAUUUUGAACAUGAUAAGUCAAACUGCUCAUUGUUAUACAGAUGUAAAUCUGAUACAAGCCCAGUGGUUGCAUUAAAUCAUUCCUAAUUUAAAUCACCAUUGCUGAGCGCAGACGUUGGUUCAGUAGAUGUAUGCAUUGGAGAAGCCUAAGUUGUGUAACUUUAACUGUCUGAAUAAAUACUUAUUUCAUUGUAUUUAAA